GCUCUAGUCUACUAAGUGUUUAAACUCCACAGGUAACUAAAAAGACCUCUAAAGUUUUGUCUUCCUUAUGUUGCUGUUGGAAUUAAUAAUGGGACUUAUAGCAUAACAAAUUAAAGGUGGAAUUAUUAAAAACUAGGAAAGGGGUCUCGGCAUAGCAUGCAGGGAUGUAUAGAGCAGCCCUCCACAUAGGGCAAGGUGGAGAUGCAGACUGGAAUGCCACGCCUGUCCCUGGAACAGCACCGGUACUUGUGCUUGCAGGUGGCAGUACCUGCAUGGCACCUUUCAAAACUUUUGUGGUGAUGGCAUUUCCCUGGAGACUGUUGUUGAGUUCCACUACCCCUCAGGCCACCAAAUGGUGGAGCUCGGUGCCCAGUGAUCUCACGUGCAAGCCUGAGACAUGCUUCAAGGCUACGGUGAUUGCCUCCAAUGUCAGCUGCACCAGCGCCUACUUGCCAGGGCCUUCCUCACCUGCUGCCUCAUGAAGUGCAUGGAGAGGAGCGAACCUGGAGCCUCAGUGCUCAGACAGGGCUGCGCAGCUUGGCCUCAAAGGCCUGACUAAUGACAGCAGUGCCACUGCUAUAAGAGAGCUCUGCUGGAGAAGAAGCAGAGGAAAAAGCGCCUGGAGCCACUCAUGGUGCAGCCAAACCCAGAAGCCAAGCUACGUCGGUCAAAGCCAAGAGGUAGUGAGGAGCAUACUCCUUUGGUGGAACCUCAUACCCCUCACAACAGUGUCAUCCUACAUGGCAUUGAUGGUCCAGCUGCUUUCCUGAAGCCAGAUGCUCAAGAUUCAGAAACCAAACUUCAUGUUCUCUCAGUUGGCUCUUCUGCCACAGAAGAGGAUACUGAAGGAAGUGUUGAUGGGGAAAGCACUUUGGAUACUGCUUCUAAGCCAGAUCUUCAGGAGAUUCUCCAAAAACACGGUAUCUCAGGUAGUUUGAACUUUGAUGAGGAGACUGAUGGGGAGGAAGAAGAGGGGAAAAAAUUAUCUCAUUCACCACGUUCAGAGGCAGAGAGACCCAGUUCUGCAUCCAGCCAGAAAUCAACCACAGAUACAGGAGCUUCUGGUACUUCAGCCCAACAAACUGAUAACCAGCUGGGAGAAGUAAAAGAUUUAGAGGACUUUGCUUAUAGUUCUGCUCCUCGAGGUGUCACAGUAAAGUGUCGGAUAACCAGGGAUAAAAAAGGAAUGGAUCGGGGUCUCUUCCCCACUUACUAUAUGCACUUGGAAAAGGAUGAAAAUCGGAAGAUAUUUCUUCUUGCUGGUAGAAAACGGAAAAAGAGCAAAACAUCCAACUACCUUAUCUCCACUGAUCCAACAGAUUUAUCUCGAGAAGGGGAAAGUUAUAUUGGCAAACUCAGAUCCAACCUCAUGGGGACCAAGUUUACAGUUUAUGACCAUGGUGUCAGCCCAGCCAAGGCCCACGAAAAGGCCCAUGCGCGGCAGGAGCUGGCAGCCAUCUGUUAUGAAACAAAUGUGUUUGGAUUUAAAGGUCCUAGGAAGAUGUCUGUGAUCAUUCCAGGGAUGAAUAUGAACCAUGAACGGAUCCCAUUUCGGCCACGAAGUGACCAUGAGAGCUUGCUUUCAAAAUGGCAAAACAAAACCAUGGAGAACUUGAUUGAGCUGCACAACAAGGCCCCAGUGUGGAAUGAUGACACACAGUCCUAUGUCCUGAACUUCCAUGGCCGGGUUACUCAGGCAUCUGUGAAGAACUUUCAGAUAGUCCAUGAAAAUGACCCUGACUAUAUUGUCAUGCAGUUUGGACGUGUGGCAGAUGAUGUUUUCACUCUGGACUACAACUACCCGCUGUGUGCACUCCAGGCCUUUGCCAUUGGGCUUUCUAGCUUUGACAGCAUGCCUGCUUCCCAUCAAGUGCCUCCUUCAUAGAAGUGCCCAAAGCCCUUCAGACCUCUGGCACCACCUUCCUCAUGUACUGUCAAAUGAGCUGCCCUCCUUGAAAACAAAGCUGUUCAGUUAUCCCUGGAUGCAGUAAUUGACAACAUCUGGAGAAGGGAGUCUCAUGGCCUGACCAGAUCUAACCCUGCUUCUUCCUGCUCACUCUGGCUAAGAGAUUUACACCCCAGCUUCAUGUACUUGCUGCUUGAAUGUGUAGGUGAUUGGUUUUACAUAAGUCAUAUUUAUACCUUUUGUAUGCUAUAGAAAUAAAAAAUAAUUUAUAUAAAAA